UAAAUGAAGUUUGCCGCGCUGGCAACAGGGCAUAGGCGCAAGUCUGCAAAAGUCGGCGUAUGUGUCGCGCAUUGUUGAUCGUCGCCGAGGAGUGUCUGCACACGGUUAUUUCGUCAUUCGGGCCGAUCAAAAAGUCGUGUGGUGUUUAUUUAGAAACAUUAAAACGUUGCUAAUAGCGGUGGCUUUGCGGCGGCCAUUGUAAAACAAAAAACGAGUGCAAUAGAUCAAGGGUGCGUGGUUGGUGUGUAAAACAAAAGAGUGCAACACACAGCAUCUCUAUGGUUUGAUAAAAACACGUGUGCAGUGAUGAGUUAAUGGUGCGUUUGAUAUGGUAAAUAGCGACUUGGUUGUGUUGUUUAUUAUUUAGUGACAGGCGAGUGUAAUAUUAUUGCAAGAAGCGACUCAGUCGGGUGGUUGAGUCCAUUGUGCCGCGAAUUAGGGGAGGCCGGUGUGCACCAAAGCCAACUUUGCGUUUUUAAAAUCAUGUCCACAAUAACAAAACCUGCUGGAUUUUUUGAUGAUGUUCCAUUGCGGAUGAUUUUGGAGUGGUAGAAGAUGUCAUCUUCGAGAUGAGCCUUGAAAUGUUUAGUUUAGAUAUUCGCGAUUUGUUUUUGCUCUGUCCUUGUCUGGCGCAGGGCGGAAGUGUCUGCUGCUGCUGCUGCUGAGGCUUGGGUUGGCCUUGGUAACGAAAGGUUAGUGGCCUUAACCACGCGGGAUUGUUUACCAAAGGGGAGACGCUGCUGAGGCAUGCAACCGCAUAGAGCCUCUUAAAAUCUCAACCCUUAAUCCGUCUCGAUAAAAAAUCAACAUUAACCUUAACACAGGAAAUUCCUCGGCUCACAUGGCGUGGCACAAGCACGACCAUCAGAUGCUCAUGGACAAAACUAAACCCAAAAUGCCGAUGGCGGUUUCGGGGGUGGGCGUCGAGCCGUCGGCCGGCCGCCGCCACGUGCCCCUCUACGGACGGCUGGUGGCGGGCGGCGACGAGACGCUGGGCGUCGGCACCUUGUCGGCGCCCCCCACCACCGACAUCCAGGCCAUGCAGGCAAGGAUACCGACAACUUUUCGGGACCCGCAGGCUGCACCCUUAAGGAAGUUGUCUGUCGACCUCAUCAAGACCUACAAGCACAUCAACGAGGUGUACUAUGCGAAAAAGAAACGGCGGGCCGCGCAGUCGCAGAGCGAGGACUCGACGACGAAAAAAGAACGCAAAAUCUACAAUGACGGUUUCGACGACGACAACCACGACUACAUAAUAAAAAAUGGUGAAAAGUUCCUCGAUCGCUACGAGAUCGACUCGCUCAUAGGCAAAGGCUCGUUCGGGCAGGUGGUGAAGGCCUACGACCACGUCGAGCAGUGUUACGUGGCCAUCAAAAUUAUCAAGAACAAAAAACCCUUCCUCAAUCAGGCGCAGAUCGAAGUCAAGCUGCUGGAGAUGAUGAAUAGGGCUGAUACGGAAAACAAGUAUUAUAUAGUAAAACUGAAACGACACUUUAUGUGGCGCAACCACCUGUGCCUCGUGUUCGAACUGCUUUCCUACAACUUGUACGAUCUGCUGCGCAACACCAACUUUCGCGGCGUCUCCCUCAACCUGACGCGAAAGUUCGCGCAGCAGCUGUGCACCGCGCUCUUGUUCCUCUCCACGCCCGAACUCAACAUAAUACAUUGCGAUCUCAAGCCGGAAAACAUCCUGCUAUGCAACCCGAAACGCUCCGCCAUCAAAAUCGUGGAUUUCGGCAGCUCCUGUCAGCUAGGACAAAGGAUAUACCAGUACAUUCAGUCGCGAUUCUACCGGUCGCCGGAGGUCCUUCUGGGAAUCCCCUACGAUUUGGCGAUCGACAUGUGGUCGCUGGGUUGCAUACUGGUGGAGAUGCACACGGGCGAACCUUUGUUCAGUGGCGCCAACGAAGUGGACCAGAUGAACAAAAUCGUCGAGGUGCUGGGAAUGCCGCCGAAACAUCUGCUCGACACGGCCAACAAAACGAGGAAGUUCUUCGAGAAGUUACCAGGCGACAGAAGGUACUCGCUGAAAAAGACGAAAGACGGCAAAAAGUACAAGAUCCCGGGUUCGCGGCGGCUGCACGAGAUCCUGGGCGUGGAGACGGGCGGGCCGGGCGGGCGGCGCGCCGGCGAGGCGGGCCACAGCAUGUCCGAGUACCUAAAGUUCAAGGAUUUGAUCCUGCGGAUGCUCGACUACGACCCCAAGACGCGCAUCACGCCGUACUACGCGCUGCAGCACACCUUCUUCAAGAGGACCACGGACGAGGCCACGAACACGCAGGCGAACAGCAACAGCAGCAGCCCCGCGGUCGCCUCCAUCGAUAUUUCGCUCGCCAAUCAUAAUAAUAGUCAACAUGGGUUAAACUUGAUAGGGCGGCCCUCCCGCGACCCCUACCAGCCGCAGCAGACCGGCGUGCUGGGGACGCCGGGCGCCUUCGCCAUGGAAUGCGACCCCUCCCCCUCGACGCGCCACCCGCACGCGACCCGCCCCCAGCAGCCGCCCCCCUCGCGCUUUCUCCCGCAAGGGGCGGCGGCGUUGGUGGCGACCCCCGGCGGCAACUACGUGCCCUACGUGAACAACGUGGCGACGCAGCAGCCGCCCAAGGGGGCGGCCAACGCCGCCGCCGCCUCCUCCUCGGGGGACUCGAGGGGAGACGACGCCAGUCCGAUGGUGGGGGUGUGCGUGCAACAGAGCCCCGUAGUCAUACACUGAGUUGAAAAUAAUAAUAAUAAUAAAGAUAGAACAAUUGCAGGUGAGAUACUAAAGUGCGCGUGCUCAACAAAAGUGAUACAACCCCCCU